UUGACAGCUCACGUAAAAACAUUGUUCGGCGGAUAUGUAAAGGCGUUCUUAUUUCGGAUGUGCGUAUCGUCUCGUAAAUUAAAGAAGAAAGAAUUCCAAUAAAGAACCCAAAGGAAGAAAAAAUAUAUAAACAAAUUAUGCUUAUAAAUGUAAUUAGCAAAGAAAUGUUAAUUAUUACUACUCAUAUAAUGUGUUGCUGUGCGGGAGAGGAAAUGUAACAAAAAACAUAAAAAGGGUUAAUGCGUCUGAGAGGAGAAUUGUGAAUUGUUCAAUGCCAAAACCUGUGCGAGAUGACAGAUUUGUCUGCAAUGUUUGCCAAUAAUCAAUAACAACAAAAGAGCAUUCACCACGAAAGAAAGAAAGAAUGUAAUAACAACAAAUAUCCCUCCUCCCCUCCCUGCAAUGUUAUUUGUUUAAAUAAAACAAAAUAACAACAAAUCAGUGAAAAAAAGAGCCAAUCAAAAUAAAAGUAAUGCAAAUUGUGUGUUGUGACCGAAGGAAGUGAAAGAAUAAACAACGACGAAAAGUGGUGUGCAAAGAAUGAGAGAACCAAAGCAAGUGUGAAAAAAGAAAUGUAAAUAAACCAAAAAAUUAGAAUUUGUUUUUUUUUGUUAUGAUCAUAAAUUGUAUUGUUUGUGUUACUAGCGAUAAACAAACGAAUUGAAAUGAAACGAAACUACGGUGUCAUUAAUAAUUUUGCGGUUUUUUGUGUUGCCGUCUUACGGCUUACCGAAUAAAACAAAACAAAAGAGAAAACCAAAUCGCAUACGGAAUUGAUAAUUAAUCCCACGGCAUAACGAUUUUGACUUUAAAUAAUACAUUCGUAUUCCCACAAACCAUUAUCGAAAGCAAGAACAACAAGACGAAUCAAAAAUACAAACUUUCACAAUCUCUCGCUCUCUCUGCAACAACAUAUCCUUGUGGCUUAGAUUUGAUUAUCCUCCCCCCCCCACCACUUACGCCAAACAAAAAAAGAAAAGAAAACAAAAACACAAAAGGCCUCUACAAAAAUUCCAUUAAAAUUCAACACCUCAACCAUCAUUCUGCCUCCCGCUGCCCACCCCAUUAAAGUGUUAUCGUUUUCUUGCUCCCCUUUAAAUGUUGUUUCGGUUUUCUGCUCCUCUGUAAUUCGUAUCCUCAAUGUGGUGGAGGUGCUGCAGUGUCGGGUUUUGUAGCCGCGUCGUCGUCGUCGUCCUUGCAGCGUUUUCUUUUCUUCGUCUUCUUCCACUUUUAAGUUUUAACAUUUCAUUGCUGCUGCUCAAUGGUUGAUCUGAUGUUGGAUAAUGCCUUUAACGCAGGAGAAAACGAAUGCCAGCAACAACCACAGCAACAGCAACAAAAGCCUAGAAGACAACAACAAUAGCAGCAGAAGCAACAACAACAACAGCAACAACAGCGGCAGCAAAAGUGGAAGUGGAAGUAGUGGUAGUGGGGAUACAAUAACAAACACAAAAAACAACAAAAACGAUAAUAAUAACAAUAACAACAACAAUAGCAACACUAUUCAAUCUUGUGAUAAAAAGAAUCUCAACAACAACAAUAAUAACAACACAACCACUACGAAUAACAACAGCAACAACAACAACAAUCUCGGCAACGUCAUCAACGUCAAGGACAUGCACAAAAACGUCUCCGUUCAAGUUGACAGUGAUUUUGCUCUACUUUUACCCCGCGGCGUUUAUGAAAUACAAAAAAUGGAACCCCGCUCCAAAAUACGGACAAUUACUGCCAUCUGCCUAUUUCUGGCCAUAGCUGGUAUCAUCGGUUUCGGUUAUUUCUGUCAAGAUCAGGUCUGUGCAUUAUCGAAGCGUAGCAUGAUUUUACAACCGGAUAUACCACCAUACAAUGAAAUAGUGGCACCACCGGGUGCCCUGGGUGCUGCUGCUGCCCAAGCGUCAUCAACCGGUGCCUUAAUGGUUCAUCAAUCGUCAUCAUCGUCCUCAUCGGCGUUGUUGUCCUCCUCGUCGUCACAUGGCCAUCAACAGUCCCAGCCACAGUCACAACCACAAACCCAACAACAACAACAUCUAUCGGCACUGGCCUCAACGAAAAGCAUUCAACAGAAUAAUAUAAUUAUUGCCAAUCCUGGUCUGAGUUACGAUGAUGUCCUCAACGAGGAUUUUCAAUUCGACAUGGACGGCCAUGAUGUGAUGGUAUUUUUGCAUAUCCAGAAAACGGGUGGAACUUCAUUUGGUCGGCAUUUGGUGCAUGAUUUGGAUUUAAAGCGUCCCUGCGAAUGCCAGCGACAACGCAAACGUUGCUAUUGUUUCCGUCCACAUCGUAAUGAAAAUUGGUUAUUUUCACGAUACUCCACGGGCUGGAGAUGUGGUCUACAUGCCGAUUGGACAGAGCUAACCAGCUGCGUCGAUCAAGUGUUGGAUAAAAACGAAGGUGAAUCGGCAAAACGGAGAUAUUUCUAUAUCUCAUUGAUACGAGAACCUUUGGCGCGUUAUAUGUCCGAAUAUCGCCAUGUUAAACGUGGUGCAACAUGGAAAAAUUCACGCCAUUGGUGUCUGGGUAGACAAGCGACACAGAAGGAACUGCCACCCUGUUAUAAGGGUGAUGAUUGGUUGGAUGUAACCAUUGAUGAUUUUGCCGGUUGUGAAUCGAAUCUGGCCACAAAUCGUCAGACACGAAUGUUGGCCGAUUUAGCACUGGUUGGAUGUUAUAAUAAAUCGGCAAUGCCUGCCCAUGAGAGGGAUCGGGUAAUGUUGGCCAGUGCCAAGAGGAAUUUGGCAUCGAUGGCCUAUUUUGGUUUGACGGAGUAUCAAAAGAUCUCCCAGUACAUAUUCGAAGAGACUUUCAAUUUACGCUUUGCCAUUCCAUUCGAACAGCACAAUAACACUUUGUCCGUUUCGGCCAUACACAAUCUGAGACCGGAUCAAAGAAGAAAAAUAGAAGAAUUAAAUAGUUUAGAUAUAGAAUUAUAUGCUUUUGCCAAAAAUUUAUUAUUCGAAAGAUUCGAACACUUGAAAGCACGAGACAACGAUUUUGAAAAACGAUUUGCCAAUUUGGGUAAUAUAUACUACAAGCAGGGUGUUACCGAAUUCAAUUGGGACAGUAAUAUAGAUGAGACUGUGAGUACAGAGCACUGAAGGUGAUUGAUCGAAUGAUAGACGUUAAGGAUCAUCAAAACGAAAAAAAAUAGUCCUCGCCCAAGAAAAACUCUACACUAUGUAAGGAUCACAUGAAAGGAGUUCGUUAUUAACGUAUCAGCAUUAUGCAAUUCCCUCCCUCCAUCCCACUUCGUCUCAUUUGACUGCUCCCACAGAGAUGAAUACACCCAGAGAAUUACAUAACAUAACCGGGAAAACUGACUAAAACAAAAAUAACCAUUAACAAAACGUUUGUUGCAAAACCAAAAAUUAUUAUAAAUAAUUAUAAACAAAAAAAGAAAUAGUGAAAAAAAUUAAAAUAUUGUAGAAUUAAGUAGUAUUCCAAUACACAGCGACACAUUUACAUACACAAACACAAAAGUAAUUCAUUAGC